AUGGCUGAGCGCGAAGAAGACGCUUUUGAGAGGAAAGAAAGCAAAAAAGACAAAGGUUACAUUGCGUUUCGCUCAGACGAUGACAGCGUCGGAGAAGAAGAAGAAGAAGAUUCCAGGUAAAAUUUCAUUUUUUUACGUGUACACGUUCCUUGGAGGGUGUAGAACUUACCCUUCUUCUCGUGACAGCUUUUUUGAGAUUUUUUUAGUUUCAUUUUAAUCACCUAAAAGGGGUUUAUAGCUGAAGAUAACAUGCAUAUACGGAAGCUUUAAAUUUUUGUGGGUUUGUGUACCUUGAUCGCGCGUACCUCAAGUUGGGCAUGGACCUGUCCACUGAUGAUGCCGCAAAUACAUAUUUAAAUUCUUUGUGAUAAGAAGCACUGAUGGCUAAUAUAAAUUAAGUACUUUUUUAUCUUUUAUCCCGUUAUAUCUGGGUGUAAUAUCCGAUCCAUCUUAUUAUCAUUAAACUUAUUAUUAAUUUCCUUUUUGUUUUUCGGGAUUGGCAAAUAAUUAAAACCCCAAACAAUUUUAUUAAAGCUUGUUAAUUUAUCUAUUGCAAACGUUGCAAAGGGGUUCCUUUUUCUUUAAAUGACAUUAAUAUAGUAAAGAUACAGUUUUAAAAAGUGUAUGCUGGUGUUUCUACAAUAAAGUAAGUGCAUUGAUAACAUUAAUUAUUAUUGUAAGUAGGUUGAGCAUGAUAAGGGUUCACAGUUUUACAUUAUUAUAUCAAGUAGUAGGUUAUUAUAGAAAUUUAGUAGUUUAUUAUAGAAAAAAAAACCAUUAUUUCAUAAAGCACUUAAAUUAGAUUAGAGUGAUUGAAGUUUUUAACUAACAAAUGACUUUUUUUACUACAUUAACAUUAUUCGUAUUUUAUAUCAAUUUCCAAUUUUUUUUAUUUACCUACUAUUUACCUAUUUAUUUGGCUAUGUAAAUUUUUGCAUUUAUUAGUUUAUUUUUAAUGUCUUGCAGUGAUGGGUACCCCCCUUAGUUUGUAGGACUUAAAUUUCAUGUAGAUGUAGAUCCUGUGUUAUAACACUUUGUAUUUCAUAACAAGAUAUUGUUAAAAAAAACAUUUUAUCUAUAAUUAUUGAUGCUAAUAUUCAUGAUCUACUAUGUUUAAAUUAUAUUCAAAGCAUAUGUCAUUUGAUGAAACAAAAUAGUUUGAGCCUGAUUUUCUCUCAUUUCAUUGGCCGAUGGUACAUUUCAGUUUUUUGUUGUCAUUUCCUCUGUUGAAAAUAUGUAAAUGUAUUUUUCUAUAUAUUUCUUAUUACAAUGAAAAAUUGUUAGCACUCUUUCUGUUGAGAGCCUCAACGAAUUACAAAUGCUUAGACCAACUUGUUUCUCCUUUUUGACAAAGAAGUUAAGAAAGGACUCGGAGUUUGAUGGGCCCUGUUGCCAGUUUGCUGCGAUAAGGUACAAAGUGGCUCUUCCAUUUGUAAAGUAGUGCUUUGGUUUGGCCAGUGUUUGUACCAUUCAACUGUUAAGAAAACUGUUAAUACUUCAAGUAUGAAGUGGCAUUAUUAAACUGUACUGAGCUUUAUCACAGAAAUGCAAUAAUUUGAUCAUACAAUUACAAUUACAACAAAGAUACACUGUACAAUUUAUUUUUUAAUUAUUAUUGAAUAAUUAUCAUCAAGAAAACAGUGAAGGGCUUUGUGUGAAAAAGGCGAUAAUCUCAUUGGAAACGAAAAGGUGAGCAACUCAAAAGGUACUAAAUUGCUGUACCUUACCAUUAAUAUUUGAUCAACAUUCAUUCUUAUUCACAGCUUCUUGCAAGUAAAAUAAUUAUACCUGUUAGUGAAAAACAUCAGGCCAACACUUCUCAAAUUUGAGUGCUAAAAUUGCCUGAAAUUUUAAUUGCCUUGCACUUCACUGCUUUUUCCUACUGCUGCUGCUGAUGAUCACUUGAUUUACAUGUCUGUUGUACUAGCUAGUCAAUAAGACAAAAAUUGUUAAAUUUGUUUCCUAUUAAAAAAUUUCUUAAGGAUAGCUGUGUACAUAAGAAUGUUCUUCAGAACAUUUUAAUGCAUGUUAUAAUCUUAUAUACAUGUAACAGGAAUACAGUGGAACCUUGAUAUAAUGAACCUCUAUAUAACAAAGUCCUUGAUAUGAUGAACGAUCUUUUCAUCCCAGUAAUAGUAAAAUAUAUGAAAAAGAACCUCGAUACAUGUAUAACGGAUUAACGUUGUUAUAGCGGACAAAUUUUGCCAGUCCACUGGGCCUUCACCUUUACUUACAAAACUUACUUAGACAUAUAAAAACAUUUCCUUAAGAAAAUAAUUUAAAAGCUAAUAUCUUCAUUUUAAGAGUAAUAAUGGCGUAGACUAAUAAGGUAAUGUACAUUACCAUAAUUUUAAAGAUAACUUACUAAAGAGACAAUGAAAAGUUACCCGUAUUCUAAGUACAGCAUAGUGGGAACCUCAGUCAUGCAAUAUUUGUUAGCAUCUUCUGUUACUGUAAAUCUUGUUAUCUGAUUGCUGACAUAAACCCCGAAAGAGAGGGAGCUUACCAGUUUUUUUUUAGCUUGGACCAAAAGAUAAUGGAACAAAAGAUCAAUAAUUAUUAACAACCAAUAACAACCAUUUUUGCUUCAAUUUAUUUUCUUGCAUUUUUGGUUAUUAAUGUUAUUAUUUUCCCAGGCCCAAGGGGAAGAAAGUGAAAAGGGAGAAGUCUAGAUCACUGGCUCUGCGCAUCAAGACAAAAAAGCAGAAAAAAGAGAAAGAAAAGGACAAAGAAAAGGAAAAGGAUAAAGAGAAAAAGAAGAAAAAGAAAGCCGAGAACCUUUCACCUCCACAAGCACCAAGUAAGAUCGAGUUGCUUAUGCUAGAGUUCUAGUACUCAGUACUAUAUUGUAGCAUUUUUUAGUGGCCUUAAGUUAAAGAAAUUAAUUUGUUAUUAUUGUUGUUAUUAUUAUUAUUAUUACUUUUAUUAUUAUUCUUCUUAUUAUUAUUAUUAUUAAUAACAUCAUGAAAUAUAUUUUGGUUCAUGUAGAGGCUGGUUUCCACAUGAUUGUUAAGUUCUCUGUGUGUCAUGAUCAUGUUGUGAUCACAUGGAGUGAAAUCUUCUGUGAUUGUAACAAUCACAUCAUUCACUUUGGUCGCUAAGAAAGACUCAAGCUCACUCUAUUUUUUAUUAGGGCCCCUGUGUUUCAUAUGACUGUUUGGUAAAAGCUGUGAAUUUAUAAUUUAGGUUGCUAAAAAUGCUUGUUUUUAGGUGAUUAUCCAUGGGAAUCAUGGCAAUCACAUGAAAACCAGACUAAACAUGUUGAUUUGCAUGCAUAUAUUAUGCAGACUGUAGUGAUGUAAUUAAUUUGGGUUCAAAAUUCAAUCUUUAGGAAAACCAGUGUUUGGAGUCCCAUUAGAAGUGGCAACUAAACAAACCAGACUUCCAGAUGGAGUUGAGCUGCCCAGGGUUUUCCGGGAAGGAAUUGUUCACAUUGAAGAAAACUGUAAGUCACCAUUUUCUUACUCUUAGUUUGGUUUCAAGUGAUCAACUCAGUUGAUAAAACAAAUGUAUAAUGUUUGUGCUUUAUUCCUCCUCCAAUCCAUCACUAGAAUUAUUAUUUCUCCUAGACCAAGUAGUUCAAAGCCGGGCAGCUACUGUAGCUCUUACCGUAACAUGAUCAUGAGUUGUUAUGACUUUUACAAUCAUCUUCAAAAGUGUUAGGGAGGCUGCUACUUUUUACCUCUUAUUUCCUUCUUUCCACACCCUUGGCCCAAUUCUGAGCAAAACUUAAAUGUCAUGAUAGUUCUGGUUUAUUUCAACAUUGAAUAGGGGGAUGGAGGAUAUUUAGAAAAAGGGAAAGCCAUCAUUUUUGAAGUUUAAAUUGAACUACUGUUAAUAUAUACAAUCGUACUAACUACUGGUACUUUUGACAAUCAGGGAUAUGGAUUAGCACUAUUAUUGCAUAACUGUAUGCAACACAAUCAGCGAAACUCAUUGAGACAUUUUACUCAAAUAGUGUAACUACAGAGAACAAAAGAAUCCACACCCCUCCCCCUCCUCUUCAUUCAAAGUUGGGGUGUUUGUUGUUUUCUAUAGGUAGCUCGAACAGUGGCAUAACAUUGCAUGGAGGGGAUGGGGGAGGAAAAGCUUUAUUUUGGAAGUCAGAAAGCCCCUUAGAGCAAAGUGUCUAAUUUUGUCGCCUAUUGUAGAAACAUACGUUGAUUGUAUCUAGUACAUGUGUAUUUGUCUCCGUAAUGAAAAACACCCAGAAACUUCAGACUUCAGAAGUUUUGAAUAAUAUUCUAAUGCAGCACUUUACUAUAUUCAGGCCUUGAGGUUGAGGGAAUUUACAGAGUUUCUGGGACAAAGUCUAAAAUAGAUUUCUUGAGAGAAAGCUAUGAUCAAGGUAUGUGCAAAAUUGAAAGUAUUUACUGUACAACUCACAGACAGAUAUUACAUUUACCAUUUUAGUAAUUCUCUUGAGUAUGCAUUAAAAUAUUCUGGCCACAUCAACCCAGGCCUCUUUCAUGUUCUAUGUAACUGAACCUGCUGGUCCUUUGGCAAGACUAAUAAUAAUUUUUUUCAGUUUAAAAUUUAGGAAAAAGUUCAAUAAUGAUCUUGAUUGAAGAAAGUAUUAUGGAAUAUUUUAUUUACUCAAAUAUAAUAAUACAUUAUUAUUUGAUAUGUUUAUUAAUGUCAGGGAUAACCAUUCAGUGGUCUGCGAUAUAUUUUUCUCAUUAAGCUAAUGAAGGGGAAAGUACAUGUAAUUGUAUGAAUCAUGACAGGAGAAGGUAGUUUCUAAAAUGGACUUUUAUGGGUACACUCCCCAAAAUAGAGAUACAUUUUUAGACUUGAUUAAGUUGUAACAGGAGGCAGGGAUUUUGAAUUAACAUGUAGAAAAGACUGGAGUAAACUUCUAUCGUUAAUAGGAUAGGAAAUGUCUGGAACAAGCUGAUCCAAGUUAGUGUUUUAAGAGUUUGCUCAAGAAAAAGUGAGUUUAAGUUUCUGAUAAAAAAAUUCCUUUCUUCAAGCCAGGGGUGUUUAAUACUCCCUGCUGUAUGUGCAGCUCCUUUGAACCAGGUAUAUACCACACCUGCAGACCAAUUUCUCUUGCCAGCCUGGCAGAAAAAUGAGAUUUAUUACAGCCUAAUUACUGACAUAGAAGGACAGAAGGACCACAGAAGGAUUCAACUGAACUUCUGGUUAAGUCGGUCUGCAAAACAGUGCUGAAAUCCAUGUUCAGUUCUCACCUGUGUACCAGGAUUUGAGUACACACUAUUGUUGGUCUGUUAAAAGUACAAUUGUCAAUUUGUUAAUCAGGUUGAAGGGAAAUUUGAAGUGCAUUUCCAGUAAUUUGUUGAGUCCAUUGAGGGCCGAGAACAAGGAUAUUGCUACUGCUUUCCAGACAUUACUAACUGGGGUUAGAUUACAUCUGCAAUGCAGGCUAGCUAAUGCUGACACAUUUUUAAAAUAAAAUAAAUUUGAACCAAUGUUGGACAAGUAGAGUCCAUGUGGAUGAUCAAACUUUUCCAAAAAUCUCUGGUUUUUAAGGGGAAAGCACUGAAACUGAGCACUUUGGUGACCUUCUGAAUGUCUUUAGAAGUCAUCAAAACAUCUUUUACAUUGUGUAGAAAUCUCUUGGCUCUCUCUGUGGGUAGUCAUUGGUAAAAAUUAAAUCUCAUCUUAUACCUUUGACUAGAAAAAGGCUUACAGUUUAGCUUCAUGGAAUUUGACCUCUGAGUGAGGGCUGUCACUGAUUUUAGAAAGGAAAGCACUGCAACUUAGAACUUUGGAGACCUUAUAUAGUUUUUGUAAAUGUCUUCAGAAAUCAUCAAAACAUCUUCAGAACUCAGGGUAGUCGUUUGUGAAAAUUAUAUUUCAUAUUCCUUUGACUUGAAAAAGGCUGGCAGUUUAGCUCUCUAGAAUUUGACUUUAUUCAUUAAUACCCUUUGGGUUAAUUUGUCUCCUGUUGCUGAGUCUUUGGAUUGUACUCUGUUUGUUUUUCUGAAGGUAAAACAGUGGAUCUUCAUGAAUAUGAAGCUGAGGCUGUGUCAAGUUUGGUAAAACUUUAUCUUCGGGAGUUACCUGAAAACAUCCUUACUGCUGCAUUGGUUCCAAAGUUUAAUGAAAUCUCCAGUAAGUAAUUAAACAAAUGGAUAUUGUACAUGUAUUCCUAGUGGAAUAAUUCAGUCAAUACCUGUAACUUUAAAGAACUCAAUUAUAAUCUAUCAGAUGAUAUAAGCUCAAUGAUAGAUGAUGGGUGUAAGGGCUGUUCUCUCUGCUCAUCAUAAUCAUUUAAUUUUACAAUUCUCAGUCUUGUUAUAAUAGUGAAUAUUGCUCAUUUUAGAUUCUCAUUAGAUUGUAAUACAUUAUGCUUAGUUUUAAUAUUUUUACUUAUUUAUAUUAAUAAUAAUAAUAAUAUAAAAGUAAGCCGGAGCCGUAUAGCUUGGGAAAAACCCCAUACUAAUCUGGGGGUACAAUUUAUAAUAUUGGAGUUAGGUAUACAAUAAUUUAUUGUAUACGUAAUUCCAAUAUAAAUAAUUUAUUGUGUCCCCAAAUUAGUAUGGGGUUUUUCCCAAGCUAUACAGCUCCGAUAUGGCUCUAUCUAUCUAUCUAGACACCAGCGAGAGUCAUUUUCAUGAAUUUUAUGCAUUUAUUUGACCAUUUUGAGGUCAAAAUGGCUAGGGAUAACUGGUCAGGUUCUUUUUUCUUGUUGAGAUUCUCAACAGAUAACACCCUCUUCAAUCUGUGUAAUUCUUUAGAUCAUAGGAAAACCUUAUCCAAAAAUAAUAUUGCUAAUGUCAAUUUUAUCGUCAAAUAGCAGAUGCCAUCCAUCAUGUUAAGUUGUAUUCUUGCUAUGUUUUUUCAGCUAUUUCCUCUUCGUAAAAUGAGUGAAAUGUUCUGCCAUUUUUCUACUGCUCUACCAAAACAAUGCAACCUUGUCCCCAGGGUUUCCUGUUGUCCCUAUUUCAGGCAUUUACCUUGUACUAGUGGUCCCAGUUGUUCGAACCCUGGUUAGCGCUAACCCAGGGUUAAACUUUAACCCGGAUUUCUUUUUUUUUUUAUCAAAACCACUCUCUUCCAAGGGUAAUUAUUCUUUUUAGAGUAUCCAAUCAUCAAAUUGUAGGCAAAGAGAAUUAAACUGAAUUUGUUUUUUAAGCUGUCAUGCUUGAGUUCAAAUUUCGCUUUAACCCUGGGUUAUCUCAACCCAGCUUCGAACAACCUGGCCCUGAUGUCAUAUCGGGCAAACAUCUUCCAUAUUUGGUGAAAACUAUCUGUUUAUGAAGAAUUAGCCAAGGGAUUUGAGCCAGUUAGAAACAAAAUAACCAGUAAUUCUGUCUGUGUUUUGCAUCAAGUACACUGUGAUAUUCUGCUCAUAAGCACCAUAAGGAUGCCAUUUCUUUCUCCUUCUUCAACUUCUUAAAGAUUCUUCAAGUGGAAGCCCUUUGCAUAUAUAGCUGUUGUAGCUGUUCGUCGCAUUAUUGUUUUACUAUAGGUAUCAAGGACAGAAGUGAACAAGUGGAAAAAACUAAACAGCUCCUUACUGAGCUGCCAUCAUGUAACAGGACACUGUUGGCGUGGCUCUUCACUCACAUGUCUCAUGUCAUAGAAAAGGUGAAUACCAUCCCAUAAUGAUUUUAUUAGUAAUAGAACUCAUCAUCAUCAUCAUCAUCAUCAGAAUCAUCAUUCAUUGUUAUUGACGUUAUUAUCAUUGUUAUCAUCAUCACAACCACCACCGCCACCAUCGUCAUCAUCAUCACCGUUGUUGUCAUCAUCAUCAAUCUGUUGUAUAGGGGCAUAGUGUCUCAUAAUGUCUCGCUCAUAUGUCUCUUCUCAUAGAAAAGGUGAAAGCCAUCCCAUAAUGAUUGAAUUGUAAUGCCACUCAUCAUCAUCAUCAUCAUCAUUAUCAUCAUCAUCACUUGACGUCAUUGUCAUCAUCAUCACCGUCAUCAUCACCACAACCAUCAUCAUCAUCAUCAUCAUCAUUUUCCUGAUCAACACCAUCAUCAUCAUCAAAUGUUAUUUUCAUCUGUUGUGUAGAAGCAUUAUUAAGAUUAAUCCUUAUUACACUGUAUAAUGAUCUUGAUCUGCUCUUUGCGAAGCCGUCCAUUUAAGGAAGUUUCAAGUGUAAUUUGUUAUUGGAUUGUGUAAUGUACCUCAGGGCUAGGCCAAACUUCAAAUGUGCCAAACUCAAUUUUUGCUCAUUAGCAGUAGAUUCAGCAUGACGUGUGAAGUUUAUCACUUUAAGUAACUUAAGAUGUUAGACAGUUAAAAUUGAUAUCCUUAUUUUUUUCCUCUAGUAUUCAUCAAACAGAAUGAACCUGCAGAACAUUGGAAUUGUUCUGAGCCCAACAAUGAAUGUAGGGCAUAGUGUAUUGUUCAUUUUCCUAAACUACGUCGAAGAGCUAUUCCCUGAUACAAAGCUCACAAAGUAAGUACCAUAGUGGUGACAUUUUUUUAAUUUUUUUUUUUUUUAUGAAAAAAAUAUAGUACAAGGAUUUUUUUUUAAUGAAUAAGGUUAAUGUCAUUUAUUUGUUAUGAGACCAAAGACCUUGGCAGUCUUUUAAUUUCGUUUCAUGGUUAGAUCAGAGUAGAUCUUCCAAUAAUUAAUCUUAUGUUCUAGUAAUGUACUUCUAAAUGUAACAAUUUUUUAUUAAAAACAACUACAAACAAGCAGUGUAAAUGAGGAUUUAGUGCCCAAAUAAGUUAGCCUUUCAAAUACAUUUGAGUUGGUGAAAUCAACAGAGCAUAAAUGUCGGUCAAUUUAUUGUUUUUUGGUACUUGUUAUUGUGAACAAUGAGCAGCAAUAAGACACAUUUCUUUGUUUUUGCUCUCCCAUUUCGUUUUUAAUUACUAGGUUAACUUUUUUUUCAACAAGAGAAAAGAUGGCUGUAUUAACAAGGGGGACAAAGUUCCUCAAUCUGUUAUUAUUAUUAUUAAUUUAUUAUGAAAGGCUCAGUAAUAAUUAUUAGAAGCAUGAAGUGCUUUUUUUGUUAAAGGUACAGUGGACCUCUUACAACGUCUGUUGGAAUGGGUGAUGAUGAAGAGGAUUUACCCAGUAGUCCAAAGUAAGAUGCAGUGUAAGAACAAUGCAAGUUCACAGAGCAAGAACUGAUUUGAUUUUAAUUAAUGUGCUUGAAUUUUUAUGUUUUUCGGGCGUAGAGGUUCUAAACUUAAUCAAGAGUGUGAGGACUAUAAUUAUUAUGUUUGUUGUCUAAAACAGCUAAAUGUUCUUUUUUAUCACAGAAAUCAAUAUAACUGCUUAGCUUUUAAAGUAGACUAUGCAAUAUAGGAUAUAUAUACCUAUAUAUUUUUUUUACAGAAUUAAGACUUAUGUCUGACCAGGUUAAUGUUUUAAUCGAUCAAACAAAAAAAUUUGUUGGACAUACAAGCCAAUCAGUUACUUAACCGGCAGUCUUUGGUAUUUGUUAUGUAUGUCCAAAUGUGUGGUGGUAGGUGCAUGUAGGAUUUCAUUUGCUGUGGACAAAUAUUGUAGUCAAAGACUGAUUGUUAUUUGCAGAUCUGCACAUAAAUUAUCAUUAUUUUCUUACUUCUCUAACUGUUAGUAGCUUCAUCAUGAGAAAUUAUUACUCACCAGGGACAAUGUAUGUAAUUGAUUUUGCAUUAUUAAUCAAUAUUUUAUCUUCACAGUGCAUUAGCUUCUGCUUUGGCCAAGCAAGAAGCAAUUCUUACUCAGCUUCAUGAAGAACUCAACAUGAAUACAGACAUUGCGCAGGUACAAGUUAGCAAUUAGCUUUAAAUAUGUCUAUCAUGUACUAACUUAAAUACCUUAUUCUCACUUAAUUUCAUGAGUAUUAAAUUUCGUGAUUUUCGUGCUUUCGGAAAAAUUGCUAAAUUCAGUAAUCACGAACUUUAAAAAUACCACAAAAAUCCUUAAAAAUUCUCUUAAGAUCCCUAAAAGUCACAAAAUUAAAUACUCAUGAAUAUGGCUCAUGAUUUUUUGCAAAAUUAAAUACUGGCUAAAUUAAUGUGAGAAUAAGGUAAUAAUUUUCACAAAACCUCUUUGAUUACCUCAAAUGAUCUUUUUGGAAUUCAUUUAGGCUUUUCUCCAAGGCUGUUCUUUAAGAAAAAUUGAAGAGAUCACAAGCUCAGUGCUCUGAACUCACCCAAGAGCAAAAGUUAGGUAGCAGGGGCCAUCAGGCUCUGCUAGAGCACAGCCUUAUAUUAUCUCAUAUGGUUAUAGAUGUGCACAGAUGUUCUGUACCUCUGAGUAUAGUCCAGGUGGCAGAGAGUGGGGACAGAACUGGACCAGGGUUGUACUUGAUCUCCACCCAGUGACCCCCUGGUGACUUAUUUUCCCUUCAGGUGACAGAUACUGGGAAACAUGAAUGUUACAGGUUGAGAGAUUUAUGCAGGUGGUGGGAGGUGGUGCUACAAUAAAUUGUUCUUUGAAUCCUGGCAGAGUUGCUCUAUGGAUUUAUAGGAAGGGGGUUUACUGCUAAGACCCUUGUAGGCCUGGCCUGUAUCAGACCAUUUUUCAGCAGCUGUAUCUUGCAAAGCUAUUCUGAACCAGAGACCAACAAUCUCCAUCCCACUUAGGCUUAGUAUUGCCUGGUUUCAAACCAUGGGUAUGAGUCCAUUUAUAAUGCAAUUAUCAGCACAAGACUCACUUACUUUUAUAGGACUUGGAAAUUCUACAUGAGAUUUUUUGGGGGGUUUUGUUGGAAGCUGCAAUUUUUUUUUGGUUUGGUUUCUGCUACUUUCAAUUAUCCCAUGGGGAUGUGAUACACAUGCAGCCAUAUGUGUCCAGAAACUGCUGGUACGAUCAACCCUAGGGUGGGGACUUGUUCUAACUUACAUAUUUUCUCCUUUUUCAUUUUCUAGCCUGAUAGACAAGAUGAGAUGCUUUGGGAAGUGCAAAGAAAGGUUACCCUACUAAAAAGGAAGGUAAAUGAUGAGCAAACAUAGAUAAUUCACCUGUUAACAAGAAUUUAAGGAGCAGUUGGGAAGUUUGUGUCACAAGAUUUAACCAAAUCCAGCCUCUGGAAAGUGACCAUUAAAUUGAGCAAACUGUGACUAACGUUUAUUGUUUUCUCAAAUGUCUAACUUUAACUUCUUAGACAUAAGAGGAAAGUUUCAAUAACAUGGCAAAUAAAAAAAGAAAGCAUGGAAUCAAAUUAAAGGGCAGAAUUGAAUUUUAUAAAAACAGGGCUUUUUAAAACAUAAUUUUUCAAAAAAUCUGUUGUUUGUAACCCCAACUACAUUCCUGGUUACUGUGGCAGUUCACAAGUACUGGGGUUAGAUUUUGUUCAUCUGUCCAAUGAAUUUGGUGUUAACUUUGCCCAGACAUCAUGUGCAUAGGUAGUUAAGAUUACAUUGAAAUAUUUGGACAUUGUCCUACCAACCACUGUUAUUUCCAGCUCUUCAAUUUUAGUAGUGCUCUCUCAAUGUCAUCUUAUUAAAAUAUUGGUUGUUUUGGUAGACCCUGACUGAUUAAGUGAACUGGUUCUGUCAUUUUAUUUUGUUCCAGCUGAGACAUGCUAAGCGACAUGCAUUGCAGUCAAAUCAGGGAGAAGAACAACAGAAAAAGCAAGAGCAUACAACAGAAACAAGAGAUGAAGAGGAUGGUAUGAUACAUUUUGCAGUUCAAAGUAAUGAAAACAUUUUAACUAGCUCAUAAUAACUAGGACACUUACUUGAGAUACAAUCAUUUUACAUAAUGUUAAUUAAAUUACAGAUUGCAUAGCACCCAUGUUAAGUGCAACAAAAUGUAAUUUUUGAAAUUAUGAUUGCCCAGAAGAGCAACUCUCCUUAAGAUCUUCUUAAACACCUUUGAUGACUGCUGACAAAAGAAAUUGAGAUGAUAACCCCGCCCUCUUACAUGGCCAAUGUCAUUUAUGUUUAAAGAAAAGUAAAUAACCUGAAUAUUAACGUUCAAUGUAAAAUUGUCUUACAGGAGCAAUUUCACUUUUAGAAGCUUCUGAGGCAGAGCUGUUACUGGAGCAAGAGGUCAGGAGAAGUGCCACAAAAUAUUUUCCAUCCACAGGAGAUUUCCAGCUUUUGACAUUGCUGAAAAAAGUGCUUGAUCAGUUUUUUUGCCAUGUUUGAGAGUGAUUGGUUAAAAAGUAACAAAGAUGUAGCUGCCCAGAGUCAUGUUGGGGGAGUGAGGGCCAAAUUUAUAUCCAACACCAUACAAAUGUAACUAUAAAGUUUCACGAGUUCUUGGAGUCAAAUCACCUGUUUCUGACAAUAUUAUCACUCAGCUGUGUUUAGAGCAGCCAGUUUUGCCUUGGAUUAUUCUGCAUGCUGGUCUGUCAUUGAUUUCAUUCUUGUAUCUUUCUCUUGUGAUUAUAUCUUUAUUUAACAUAGACACUUUUGGUUGGUUUUACUAUUUGUAUUCAGAUCCAUCUCUCUUUGAAAAAUACCUAGAUAAGACUGAAUUUACCUUGUUUUGUGUUCAUAGGAACUAACUUCCAUUGGUGAUGAGCUCAGAAAACGUUUAGAGCAAGAAAAGAAGGAAAUUGAAAGACUUAAUGUGAGAGUUAAUUCUUCCCAUUUAUAUCAGAUGAUUCAGCAAUUUAUUAUAAUUUAA